AUGGAUAACAUUCUGCUGCAACAAGUGGAGGAAACGAAAACCUACCAGGAAACAUCGGAAACUGAACUCAAGAAAAUAGAUGAAAACAAGAAUACUCUUGAUAUGCUUACCGAUUCGAUACGAAAUGUGAGUGCACUGUCAGAAAAAAGCAAUAAGAUACUCGAGGCUCACUUUGGCCCAUAUCCUGUACGUUCGUGUCGGCACGUCAUGACAUCCGGCCAAUACGUUAUUCAUGUAGGGUUAAAUUUGCAACCAUUGAAAGUGUUAUGUGAACAAACUAUGUUCGAAGGCGGUUGGACGGUCAUCCAACAAAGAUUCGACGGUUCAGUUGACUUUUAUAGGAACUGGACGGAGUACCGCAAUGGAUUCGGUACUUUGGAUGGCGAAUUCUGGCUCGGACUAGAAUAUUUGCAUCAAAUGACGAGAAACCGACCCCACGAACUGAUGGUUGAAAUGAAAGAUUUCAGAGGAAAUUACGGUUACUCCAAGUACGGAGAGUUUGAGAUCGGUAGCGAGUCUGAGAUGUAUGUGUUGAAGAAGUUAGGGAAAUACUCAGGGACAGGAGGAGAUUCGAUGUGGGAAAACGAGGGUAUGAUGUUUACUACGUUCGAUCGUGACAAUGACAAAUCGAAUAGCCUUAAUUGUGCUGAGGAUCAUCACGGGGCCUGGUGGUUCUGGAGUUGCACCGCUUCCAAUUUGAACGGGAAAUAUCCGGACGAAUAUGGUUCAAUGUCGUGGUACAAUUUCGUUGGAAAAUGGGACUGGCGUGCUCUGUCUUAUUCGCGAAUGAUGAUUCGUGAUAUCAUCAAUUAA